AUGAGCGGCGUCUUUAAAACUUCAUCCCCAGCGGACAACAACAACAAAAAACAGCAACACAAAUUGCAGGAAAUACAAAGUAGAAUAAGAGUGCAGCAAUCUCAACAACAACAAAAUAAUCGUAUUCCCUCUCCACCAUUUUAUUCUUCUGCCCCCUCUUUCUCAAACAACAAUUGCAUUCAAAAACAACAAAUUGAGUUUAAUCACGUUGAUAAUAUUCAAAAUAUUGUAAAGACUUCUGAAGAUAAAAAUAGUAGCAACAAUAAAAAUUGGGCUGCAAAAACAUCCCUUCUUAAUAGAUUGAGAUUAAAGUCUGCUUCUUUUGAAGGAAGAAAGUGUAAUAAUGGUGGAAACGAUAAAGAGAAAGUUGAAAUAAAUGGAACCAAAGAGGUUAAUUUUUGA